AUGUCCCCGCCAUUUCCUGUUGAACAGUUUCAGAUCCUAGAGAUUAUCCAAGAGCUUUUUGGCAUCAGUGGCAGCUUGAGGGUCAUCACUACCAAAUAUGGUAACAAGAAGAAACAAAUUGCGACUGCUACUGGUCCAUGUGGAAACAACAGAGACUACAUUUUCUUGCUGGAGAAAGCUAUGUUUGAUAUUGGUCAUGAAGAUGACAUGGUGAUAAAAUUGGCAAAUGAAGUGAGAAAAGUACUUGGAAACACGGGUUUAGGAGUACCAAAAGAGAGCAACAACAGCAACAGCAACAACAAUAGAUUAACAGGACCUUCUCAUAAACCCAAGUCACCUCAUAAAUUGCUUCAUCUUCUUGAAGCAAUUGCAAUGGACAGCUGA